AUGACAACUCGUACGCCAUUGAGACAAUUGCCACUUUUGGAGCACAAUGGCAAAAUAGCUAAUCAGAGUAUUGCUAUUUGUAGAUAUUUGGCAAAACAAGUGAAAUUAGUUGGAAAAGACGAUUGGGAAGAUUUAGAAAUCGAUGCAAUAGUUGAUACUACUAUGGAUUUGUGUUUGAAAACCGCUUUUCACGUUUUCGAGAAAAAUGAAAAGGUUAAACAAGCGCAAGCAGAAUCGUUGUUUAACGAAACUAUUCCAUUUUAUUUGGGAAAAUUUGACUCUCAAGUCAAGGAGAAUGGUGGUUACUUUGUUGGUGGGCGAUUGACUUGGGCUGAUAUCUUUGUUGUUGCCAUGGUGGAUUACAUGAGCUUUUUGAUACAAAAGGAUUUAACCGCGAAUUAUCCUAAUUUACAGAUUGUCAAAGAAAACGUUAUGAAUGUGCCCAAUAUCAAGGCUUGGAUGGAUACUCGACCAAAAAAUAAAUUCUUUACUAGUUCUGAACUGAAAUAAUUAUCUCAAAAUAUGGAAAAACAUAAAAAUUGACUACCAUACACAUAUUCCACUUUAUAGAGGUGGUCAAUUGUAACAAAAGUAACAAAAAAUAAAUAAUUUUUAUACAAAG